AUGAUUACAUUUUCUCACUUAUUACUUGUUUACUGCGUGCAUCUGACUCUGAAGAUGGCAUUUUCGGCUGAUCCGGACCACUGUCCAGGUCAACGAAUUAAAUGUUACAGUUGUAAUUCUGUUGAAGACAAUCACUGUAAUGAUCCAUUUUUCCGACAACCACAACAGACCAAAUCAUUCCCUUUAGUAGAUUGUAAUGAUUAUUGUUUUAAAUGGGCUUUUCAAGGUCCAGAUGGACAGAAACAUUUAAUACGAAAUUGUUCAACAAGUUUAAAUAUGAAAAUGGAGAAAUAUUUAGUUUGUAUAGCUGAAUCACGAUCAUCCAUUGGUCAUUUAUGUUUUUGUAAUAAAGAUAAAUGUAAUUCAGCUAAUUCAGUUAGAAAACAAUUUCAUUAUAUAUAUUAUAUUGUUUUAAUAAAUUUAGUUCAAUUAUUUUAUCAUUAUCGAUAUAUACUACUAUUAAUACUACCUGUAUUGUAUUAUCAAUAA